AAACAUCUGACCCAGAGAGCCCCAGAGUCUCCUGCCGUCUGAUGUCAGUAUAACAACCACAGGCUGAUGUGGAAAGCCCCAGAGUCUCCUGCCAUCUGAUGUCAGGUUUGAAAGCACAGGGGAGUUAAAGGAAAAGUCUGACCAUCUCUACACUGAACCCAGAAGGACUACAGAUUGAUUGAUUGGCUAGAGGUCAUGUUUGGUUGGAUCCCCGGAUUGUCCUACCUGAUGUCAGGUGCAAAGACCCAGGGGAGUAAAGAGAAAAGUCAGACCAUGUCUACACAGAACACAGACAGACAACAUCCUGCAGUCCUACUCAACUUCCUCUCCAAAGUUGGACUGGAGACAUUUUAUCCUAACAAACUCACUCUUCGGUCUCUAUUGGAGAUCAACAAAAACAGCAUACAUGAAGAAGCUGUCUCAUCUGUGAAGGGCAUACCGUGGGGUUUUCUCAGAAAACUAUUUAAACUCAAUUCUGAAUGCAGGAGCUCUACACAAUUAUCAGACAAUGAUGAUAAUGAUGUUCUUGACCUUGAAACUUUAGAUGACCCUGCAGAGGAUAGUAAGGUCAACCCUCUCGACCUCAUAGUAGCACUCUUCCUUUGUGCUGACAGCUUCUUGCAACAGGAACUGGCCCUCAAGAUGUCAAUGUGCCAGUUUUCUGUCCCACUGCUGUUGCCCCAUGCCAAUAACAGCCAGAGUACCAUGAUGCUUUGGGCUCUGAGAGACAUCGUCAAAGAGUGGCGUCCACAUGAUUUGUCUGAAUCAAGAGGGUUUGUUGAAGACAACAUUAUCCAAGCAGAUAUUCCAUUCUACUCCUUUGUGCGGCUGAAAAACUGCAGUUUAUCCAAGUCCCAGUGUUUGAAUCAUAUUCUCAGCUUUGGUCAGUACAACAAAAAUAUGUUCAUACACAGAGAUAUGAAAGGAAUAGCACAUGAAAGGAAAAUUGCCAAUGGUUUAGUAGAGGUUUGCUGGUACCUUCCCAGUGGUACUGAAAAUCUUGACAUAUUUCCAAAACCAGUUGCCUUCGCCAAUUUGCGAGGAGACAUUUGUGAAUCACUCGCACAGUUCACUUUUCUUUUUCAAGUGUCAAAUGCUACCUUUGUAUUCCUGGACAAAGUUGAAGAAGAGGAGCACAAGAUUCUGACUUCUUUUCAAGAUGUGACAUCCAAACUGUUCUUCGUUGUUAACCGCAAGGAGGGGAAUGUUACAGAAGAUAUGGGGUCUGUCGAGAGAACACAGAAAGAAUUGGACUUACCAAAGACCAGUAUAAAAACCAAAGACCCAAGGGUAAAUGUUGCAACGUUUUCAGAUAAAUUGUGUACAGCCAUCAAGAAAUCACUGACUGAUGUAAGAACCACAAUGACAAUUGAAAAUAUGCUUGAGAGAGCUGUUGAACUUGGUUUGUCUGUGGAUGAACGCACAAGUGACGACGAAAAGAAAGCAGCUCAGGAGAUUGUGAAAGGAAUUGGGGUGCAGUGUAUACAAGACUACAAGAACCAACAACUUCCUUUGCAAGGUGUUAACUGGAAAAGGUUAUCACAGUUAGAAAUGAAGGAAUGUAGGUUACAAGAACCUGGUGAUCUAGAACUGGAAGAAUAUAAAUCUCAGCUACAGGUAGAAAAACAACAGAUUAAAAAGGAGCUAGGCAAACACAAACUAUCACAUGCUAUGAAGAGUUUUAUUGACCACUUAUCUACAACUGACAAAGACAAAAGAGAUUUUUUCCUAAAGUGGAUACAUUUUCAGCUUAAUGCACAUUUGCAGGCUGCCAUUCAACUACCUUUAAACUUCCGUCACAAGUUGACAGAGCAGAGUGACAAAGAGGAGAAAAACAUGAAAGAGAUUGCACAGCUGGAUCAGGCUUUGCUAGAUAGCUCUUUAGGACUAGAGCAUUACAUGAGAGAGAUGGGGCUGAUCUAUGAGGUUUCCUUGCAGUCACGAGACACUGCUGAUAAAAUAUCUCGUCUUCCUGGUUUGGCUGCUGAAAUGCUGUUGGAUGGAUAUCCUUUAGAGCUCUUAGAUGGAGAUGCUUCUAACAUCCCAGAGAGAUGGGUGACAGAUGUGCUAAUGGAGCUUCACAGGAAGGUUGGAGAGAAGAGCAGACUGUUGGUACUGACGGUGUUGGGUGUUCAAAGUAGUGGGAAGUCAACACUCCUCAACACCAUGUUUGGUGUGCAGUUUCCUGUCAGCAGUGGCAGAUGCACAAGAGGAGCUUAUAUGCUCUUCCUCAGAGUAAGUGAGGAUAUGCAAUGUCAGCUGAACUGUGACUUUAUAGUUCUCAUUGACACAGAAGGUCUUAAAUCUCCUCAUUUGGCACAACUAGAGGACAGCUAUGAGCAUGACAACCAGCUGGCAACCUUUGUCAUUGGCUUAAGUGAUGUCACCAUUAUCAAUGUCUCAAUGGAGAACUCCACAGAAAUGAAAGAUGUCCUGCAAAUUGCAACACAUGCUUUCUUGAGAAUGAAGGAAAUUGGUAAAAAGCCAGUUUGUCAUUUUGUGCACCAGAAUGUUGGUGGAGUCUCAGCUCACGCAAAGACCAAGGCCGACAGAAAACUUUUCUUGGACCAGCUCAAUGAAAUGACUCAAAUUGCAGCCGAAAUGGAAAAGCAGCCCACUAUAAAAGCUUUCACAGAUGUUCUGGACUACGACAUGGAAAAAAACAACUCGAACAUCCCAGGACUCUGGCAUGGGACCCCACCGAUGGCCCCAGUAAACACAGGUUACAGUGAAGCUGUAGCACGUUUAAAGGAAAAUCUUUUGAAGACCGUAAAAAGGGACAAACCCUAUGAAGUGUCAAAAAUCCCAGAGUUUCUAGAAUGGAUAAGAAGUCUCUGGAAAGCAGUCAAAUAUGAGAACUUCAUCUUCAGUUUCAGAAACACCAUUGCGGCUCAUGCAUACGACAAUGUCUGCAAAGAGUUCAAUCAAUGGGAAUGGGAGUUUAGAAAAGAGAUUCUCUCCUGGCAGACAUCAGCAGAGUGGGAUAUCUUAUAUGGUGACAACAAAUCUGAUCUCAGUCAUUUGAAUGAAUUAGUCCAAUCAAAACAAAUCCAGGUGGCAGUAAAAAUAGCGGACCAAGACAGAAUAAUGAAGCAGAAACUGCAGGAAUACUACAAAAGGAAAGACAGACAUGUGAAUCUGAUAGAGAAAUUCAAAACUGAAUUUUUCAACAGUAUCAGUAGUCUUGCAAAUGAAAUCCGACGAUCAGUAGACAAUAAAUUGGAUUGUGCACUUGAGCUAAGAAAAAGUUUAAAAGAGGUUCAGGACAUUCAAAGAAACAACAGAGGAAUGAUUGAAGAACAAGUUAUGAAACUUUUGAGUGACUGCAAACACCAAACACUGACUGACGAAGAAUUGGAAGAUGAGUUUGAAAAGAUGUGGGCUGAAGUCACUGUAAAUGUGUCCGGUCUGAAAGAACAAAACAUAGAAGCAAGCAUCUUAAAACUAUUGAGAAAACAAUUCUUAAAUCAUAAUGUCAAUGAGGAAUUAGAUAAGAUUGGAGACCUAAAAGACAUUGUGAAGGACCCAUUUAAGGUAAAAAAGAAACACUUGAAAACACACCUGCCCUUGAUGAAAGACUCUCUAAAAAGAGAGUUGCAGAGCUUUGCAGACAGUGUUAUUGAGUCUUGCACACGGUUUGUCCAUGAUAUUGCAAAAUCAGAAAGAGACUACAAUGAUUCUUUUAUAAGAGAGCUUCUGGAAAAAGUGGAUGAAUCUCUGAAACAAUGGAGCAAGCAGUGCAAGCCCAAGUUUGAGUUUGACCUGAAACUUUACAUGUGUGGCAUUGCCUCAAGAGAGUUCCUUCACAUGCACAGAAAAUUCUUGUCAGUUAGGGAUCCAAAACGUCAGCUGGAGAAGUACAAGCCUCAGUACUUGUCAGAUUUUCUUGAUUUAUACAAACAGAGAGAUGAUUGCCAACGAAAAGCAAAUGAUUUUGUCAGAUGUUGUAUCAAACCUGCUGUUGAAGAGUACAUCAGUAGAUCUCUGGGAAUAGACAUUGUAGAUGAGAUUUUGACAAGUUGCCAUUCAGCAGAGUACAGUUCACGCUCCUUUUUCCAGUACAACAUUCAGAAAGAGUUGCUGCAAAAGGAAGACUUUGGGGGUUUUGUUAAGUACAUUUGUACGUAUGAGAUUUUUGUUAAAGAUUGGAUAUUUCACCACAUCUUGCAAAACAUGUCAGAAGACAAAACUUUGUGCAAACUGAAGAAUAGGAAUUUGGAGGUCAUAGUAAACAAAAUAACAGAAGCCAGAGAACAAGCCUCUAAAGGAGAGGAUGGUGUUCUGCUUCCAGAUAACCAGGAAAGCAUCACAAAGCUCAUCGACAACAUGCGCAAAUAUUUGAUCAAAGACAUCUCAAUUUCAGUGGAGGCUGAAAACACCUCCUUGUUUCAAAUCCAAAGCACAUGUCAUCCAUUUACAAAGAGCCUCAGUAAAUCAUUGGGUGAAUUAAAGGAACAGCUGCAGGACCAAUUUUUUAACUGUGAAGACAUCACUGAGACUCUGAACAAACUUCCAAUCAAACCACAAGAUGAGCUUUUCAAGCGGAUGUUUGGCUGUGGACAACAAUGUCCAUUUUGUAAAGUUCCUUGUGAGGCUGGAGGCAAAGAACACGAGAAACAUCAUGCAGCUGUUCAUCGACCACAAGGUCUUGGUAGAUACAGGGAUGUGGACACUAAGAAGCUGGUUCCAACACUGUGUACAACGAGUGUGCACAGUAAAGAUAAAUUCAAAAACGCAGACACUAAAUGGGAGUACCAUCCUUAUAAGAAGUACACCAAGUACUAUCCAGACUGGCUCAUUCCUCCUGACUCCACCAUCGAGGCAUCGGACUACUGGAAGUAUGUCCUGGUUCAAUACAAUGAAAGAUUUGCUCAAAAAUACAAAGGCAAACCAGCUGAUGUUCCAGAGGCCUGGAGGAGAAUCACAAAGGAACAAGCUCUGAAGGGAUUAAAAGAUGCCUUCAAUAUAAAGUGAACAACAUACCAUCCUGAAUAUCUUUAAAACUAAA